AUGAUUACUAGAAAAUAUUUGGUAAUUUAUUAUAAAAUAUCACUUUUUAUUAUCUUGACAUUAGUUAACUAUCUGAUUUCAAUAGAAAUUAUUUGGAACGGUCCAACUGAACAAUGUCAAAGAAAUAGUACAAAUAAAAUUAAUUAUGGUAGUUAUGGAAUUUCAACAAAUAAUGAUUGUCAAUUUAGAGGGGAAAAAAUAGUAGUUUUAUAUGAAAGAGAUAUUGGAAGAUAUCCAUAUAUAAAAAUGGAUAAUGAAAGCCAAUAUGAAGAGCAUAACAACGGUUUACCACAAAAAGUUAAUAUGAGCGAACAUCUAAAACAAUUGGAAAAAAAGAUUGAAGAAAUAAUUCCUGACAAAAAUUUCAGUGGUUUGGGUGUUAUUGACAUUGAAGAAUGGAGACCAACAUAUGAUUCAAAUUGGAGUUCCAAACGUGUUUAUAGAAAUGAAUCAAUAAAAAUAGUCUUAGCUAGAAAUUCUACUUUAAAUUCUACUGAAGCUGAAAAAUUGGCAAUAAAAGAAUUUAAUAAAGCUGCAGCAGACUUUUUUAUAGAAACUAUUAAAAAAUGUAAAGAAUUACGUCCUAAUGCAAAAUGGGGAUUUUAUGGUUUUCCAACAUGCAACGAAAACGCUGAAAAUAGAGGAUGGAAUUUUUGUUUUCCCAAUAUAUCAAAUCAAAUAAUUCCAAUUUUGAAUCAUACUGAUGUUUUAUACCCCAGUCCAUAUAUUGUUCCUGGUCAAAAUUAUUCAAUAAAAGAUAAAUUUGUUAAUGCUGUUUUAGAUGAAACACAGCGAAUCGUUGAAGAAAUUAUAAAAAUUGGAGGUAAUAAAAAAAAAAUUUAUAUGUAUAAUAAAAUUGAAGUUGAUCAACAAAAUGUAAAUUAUGAAAAUAUUGAAUUUUAUGAUCCUUACUAUUUAUGUAUUGUAUACAAUAGAGCUAUAGAUUAUAAUAUAGAUGGUGUAAUUGUUUGGACAACAUCGCAAAAUAUGUCUAAACGAUGUCAAUACAUUAAAAAAUAUGUUGACAAUGUUUUUGGACCUUAUAUUCAAUCAAUGAAUUUAUUUCAUCCGUUUUUUAUUAAUACACCAUUUUUGAAUUUUAUAAAUAAAUUUUUAUUAAGAAAAGAUAGUUUAAAGAUAGACUGUAGCAAAUUAUUAACAAAUGAUAAUAUUCAAGACUGGUGUAAAACUAAUUUUUACGGUCCUAAUUGUAUGGCAUCCAAACUUAAUUCAAGUGGACUUGAUCAUCAAAAAUAUUAG